GCUCACCUCUUCUUCGCGCUCUUCGUUUGUGGCGGCAUUUUGAGCAUUUAAUUAUUUAUUUUUAUACCUAGACAAACAACCUACUCGGCGCAGACAAUGCCGCGCGCCGUGAAACCCAAAGCAGCUGCCGGCUCAGCGCCGGCCAAGAAGGCCAAGGGGAAACUGUAUGCCAUGCCGGAGAAGUUACUGGAGGGCACCGUGCUCCAGGACCUGGCCAAGGGGCAGUGGCGCAUCGGUCCAUCGAUUGGCAUUGGUGGCUUUGGCGAGAUAUAUGCGGCCGCUCGCGUGGGCGAGAAGAACUACGACGCUGUAGUCAAAUGCGAGCCGCAUGGCAAUGGGCCGCUGUUCGUGGAGAUGCAUUUCUACUUGCGCAACGCCAAGCAGGACGACAUCAAGCAGUUCAAGCAGCAGCGCGGCCUCAAGACCCUGGGCAUGCCGUACAUUCUGGCCAGCGGCUCGGCGGAUGUCAACGGCCAGAAGCAUCGCUUCAUUGUGAUGCCGCGCUACGGCAGCGAUAUAUCAAAGUUCUUCAAGGAGAACGACAAGCGACUGCCAGAGGGCACUGUCUAUCGUCUGGCCCUACAAAUGCUGGAUGUCUACCAGUUCAUGCACAGCACUGGCUAUGUCCAUGCGGAUCUCAAGGCGGCAAACAUCCUGCUAGGUAUGGGCAAGGCUGGUGCGUCCCAGGCCUACCUGGUAGACUUUGGUCUGGCCUCGCACUUUGUCACCGGCGACUUCAAGCCGGAUCCGAAGAAAAUGCACAACGGCACCAUCGAGUACACAUCGCGGGACGCCCAUUUGGGUGUGCCCACCAGGCGAGCGGACCUGGAGAUUCUCGGCUACAACAUCAUCGAAUGGCUGGGCGCAGAACUGCCGUGGGUCACACAGAAGCUGCUGGCGGUUCCGUUGAAAGUACAGAAGGCCAAAGAGGCCUUCAUGGAGGAUGUUGGAGCGGCUCUCAAGACUCUAUUCCCCAAGGGUGUGCCUGUGCCCCUGGGGGAGUACAUGAAGUAUGUGGCCAAGCUGAAGCACAACGAGGAGCCAGACUACGACAAGUGCCGCAAUUGGUUCUCGGCGGCCCUCAAGCAAAUGAAAAUCCCCAACAGCGGCGACUUGGACUUUAAGCUGAAGCCCCAGAGCAGCAGCAACAACAAUCACAGUCCGCCGGGCACCAGCAAGGCAGCAGCAGCAACAGCCAAAAGGGCCAAGAAGGAGAAGGUGGCAUCGCCUGAAUACAUUUCCGCCAGCGAGGAAGAGGAGGAGUCGCCACGCAAGAAGCCACAGGUCAAGGCUUCACCAGCACCUCGCAGGAACGCCAAAGUCACGCCGACCAUCUCGCCCAGGAAACGAAAUGCAGCUGCCUCGACUCCAGCAGAGACCAGUCCCUCAAUGAAGCGCGUGAAGACUGAGCCUAAUGAUGCGCCCAAGCCAGGAGCCACUCCCAGAGCCAGUCCCAGGGCUCGUGGCACUCCCAGAGCAGCAGCCAGCCCCAAAGCCCGCACGCCAAAUGCCGCCAGUGCCAAGAUAAACUUUAGUCCAGCGAUCUCUCUGCGUGGCAAGCACGGCAAGACAGUCGUCAACGAUGAUCUGACGCCCAAGCCGCGCUCCAACAAGACAUACGAAUUCAACUUUGAGCUGGAUGUCAGCAUGGACGCCAAUGUCAUUGUGAAUGUGAAGCGCAAGAAGAAGGCUGCGGCCAAGGAGCAGCCCGCUGGCGAGGGCGAUGUGAGAACACCUUCAGCUCGCAGUUUGGCUACCUCCAAGGAUGAUACGCCCGUGACCAGAGUGAAUCUGAGGAAAGUGAAUGGAGAGGGGGCCUCUGAUUCCCCGCUAGCUGCCAGCAGCAGCAGCAACGGCCGCAGUCCCAGGACACCAGCAGUAACUGUGCGCAAGUACAGGCGCUAAUUGUUUUUCGAAUAUUUACGAUAUAAACCUUAAAGUUUGAAUAAAAAGUGCGCAAAAUGCAUUGAAUAUUUUCCAAGAA